UCUUUCUCUCUCUCUCUCUCUCUCUUCGCCCAAAUUUUCCGAACAAUUCCCAAAUAAAGCGGAAAAAAGAAAAUAAAAAAUCCCUCUUUUCGCUUCCCCUGCUUGGGAGUGGUGUGCGGGGUAGAGAGAGAGAGAGAGAGAGAGAGAGAGAGAGAGAGGGCGCGCGAAAAAGCUAGGUUUUCGGCGGGAAAGCAACGGUCGUGGCGGGAAAUCCGAAGGGGAUCCCCCGCUCCCCACUCCUCGGAUGGAGCGGAUCCAAUCCGUCAGAGAAGGGGAUUGUGAGAACUCAAAAGAGACAGUUUCUCCUGCUUUCUAUGAAAGGUUCUUCCUUGAUGUGGAAUCUUAUUGGGCCGAUGAGGCCGCGGAGAAGGUCACCCCAAAAGAGAGAGAUUUAGCCAUGUUGAAACAAAGAUUGCAUUCUUUAAGUUUUGAUCCUUGUAUAGGAAACAGAUUAGGGUUUUCGAAAGGGGCGGCGCAGAGCCUUUUCGAUGGUAGAGUAGAUUUGAGUUGCAGCGAACAGUUAGUUAGGCUUAGAUUCGCGGUGGAGGAGCAGCUUCAAAGGGUUAAGGAUGAUAUUGAAGACUUGAAGAGCUCAAGCUCGAGAGAUAAUUUUAAUGUUAGUCGGAAGAAUUUAGGGUUGCAAAGUGUUCUUCCGAGAGCGAAAAUUGAUCGGAAGUUGGUCGAAAUCGACGGAAAAGUUGACGGGCUAAAGGCAUUGCUAGAUUUCGGUUUUGAUCAAAUUAGCGACAUGUUCGACUUGGUGAAAAUUUCGGUUUGCGAACUUCAAUGGGAGCAUGAGUUGCAAAAAGAAGUCGGUGGUGUCGUGAUUCAGAACUAUGUUAGGGGCCUUCAAGACGAGUUUGAAACUCGGUUAUACGAACAAAGAGGUCUUAUAAACAGUUUGAAUUUGUAUCGGGAGGAAAAGGUCAGCGAACUUACUUCGAUGCGCGAAGAACUCGAUGCUGUUUAUAAGUCGCCGAUGAAGUUAGAAGAAUUUAUUAUUCACUCCAAUAAUACCCAGGAGUGUUUUGAAGAUGUGAGUAUUACAAAAUGGAGAGAUCGCCUUUUGCUGCCUCUUCAUGACGAAAAUGGAAAUGGAACUCCUUUGAUAGAGAAGUCCGCGAGUGCUAGAGAAGUUGUGUUGGACUAUGCCGAUCUUCCCAUUUUGAAGCACAUGAAAAAGGAAGAAGUGGCAAUUUACUUUAGAACGGAAAUGACCAAGGUGAGGCGACAGCAUGAAUUGGCUUUGCAAGAGAAGACGGAAGAGUUGUUCAGAGUCAAGCGAGAGUUCCUCAAGGAGAAGCGCUUAUUGUUUUUCAGGAAAGAUAAAGAGAUUGAAUUCCUAAGGAAGGUAAUUUCUGAUGUCGUCUCAAAGCUAGAUGAGAUUCUCUUGAAGAAACUAAAUGCGCCUGUAAACAGCAAUGAUAAUGAUGAAGUAUGUAGAUUGAAGGGAAAAAUUGAUUCCCUAGUUUUUGAUAAUCAGUGCCUUCGAGGUUCGCUUGCAGAUAAGAGAAAGGAGGUCAAGCACUUACUGUCUCAGGUUUCAGAUGCAGCAAGAAAAAUGUCAAUUUACUCAUUAUCGGAAGCGAAACUUCGGAAACAAAUCAAGAAAUUAAAAGGGGAUUUGGAAGACCAACAGAUUGAAGUUAGCAUUAGAGAUGACUUGCACCAAGUUUUCUUAAGAGAACUUAUUGAUGAUUGCAGAAGCAAUAUAGAGGAUCUAAAGAUUCAGAGUGAUGUUCGACAAGCGGAAUUUGACCUACUCCACCAUGAAAUUAAUAAACUGAGCGAUGAAGUGGAAAAGCAAGAGAUACAAAUAGGUGAUCUGAGGACUGAAUCAGACUUGUGGAAGAGGAGGUUUGAUGAGAGUUUGCAGCAAAUUCGUAAAUAUGAGGCAGAGGUUGAUACGCUAAACCAAAAGUUAAACAGUGCUUCGAAUGCUUUGGAGGACAAGAAGAAGGACAACUGCAUACUUAGUACUAUUAUAGAGGAGAACGAAAAGGCAUUAUUAUCAUCUGUAACAAGGGAAAAAGAUCAAGAAAAGCGGUUGAAAUCCAUAGUUAUGCUCAUCAGGGAGUUGUCAAAAGUAUGUACAGAUGCAGAAAACAAAAUGGUAGAGAAAGUUCAAAGAUUUGAAGAUAGGUUGGAAAAUCUAAGCCAUCAGUGCAAUUCAGUAGUGGAACAGGCUAAUUUACUAAAUAAGAAAGGACUGUGGUACAAAGAAAUGCUUGAAAUCAGAUGUUCCGACCUCCAAAAGGCUGAAGCUGAGGUUAAUUUGUUGGGGGACAAGGUUGAUACUCUCUCGAGUCUUCUUGAAAAGAUACAUAUUGCGCUCGGUCAUUACCCUACAUUAUCUCAACACUAUCCAGGGUUACUGGACAGUUUCGUGAGGACUUGUAAACUCGUUACGAGUUUGAAAAGCAAUCAGAAGAAAGAAAGAAAGGAUACAAAGUAAACUUCAGAUCUCGAAAACAAUCUCUCUGCGUGCGCGCGAACAAAGUUGCACAUAUUUGAUCUUCCACAGAAUCUGGGCGAAUAAAACGUAGCUAGAUAUUGUUUCAUAGUUAUAUUAGUAUCAGCUAUAUUCAAAUUUUGCGUAGGGUGGGGAUUCCUUUUGUUAAAUUAUUGCCUAAUAAGUGAGGGGCUUUUUUUUUUUUGUGAGGGGGUUGAUAAUUUUUUGUUUUAUUUGUAUUUUUAUGUAUAGGAAAAUUUAGAUUUGGGUUAAAUAUUGUAAAAUAGCACGAUUUUGGGUGCCUGUUCUGUUAUUUAGUACAUUGUAAAAAGUUAGCAGAGAUUUUCAGAGCAAUGUUUGAUUGAAUCUUGUGAGAUUUUAAUUUCAAA